GCAUUUAAUUGUGCGGUUCGGUGCGCGUUUAAUUGCGCGUUGAAUUGUGCAUCGAAUUGCGCAUCGAAUUGCGCGUUCAAUUGCAUGCUUCGGUGCGCAUUGAAUUGCGCGUUGAAUUGCACGUUUAAUUGCAUGUCGAGUCGUGUGGUGGGUUGCCCGUUAAAACGCGCGAGUCGACGCAUGUCAAAUUGCGCAGUGCGGUGCAGUGCGCAUAUGGCAUAUUCUUGCAGAUCGCAUAUGGCAUAUGCUUGCAGAUCGCAUAUGGCAUAUGCUUGCAGAUCGCAUAUGGCAUAUGCUUGC